GAGAACAAGUGAAGUAACCCUCCCGGACCGCCAAGCCUAGGCGUCGGUGCAGGGCACGGACCAGGGCAGAGCGCCCCAGCAGACCCCAGGGAUCUCUUCUUGAUCUGGCACCUCAUGUGUUCUCUCUCAAAAGUGGAAGUGAAAAGAACUAGGAUCUCUCCUCUCUCAAACUCUUGCUAACUCCAGUGCUCACCCAAGCAUGGAAUAAUGAAUAUCUACAAGUGAGGACAAGCUUAUGCAAAUGAGCUUGAGCCGCUGGUUACAUUCCUCCUCUGGGACAAAACUUUUUGUAGUCCUAUGCAAAAAAUCAUCUGAGACAAGCUUGAACCUGUAACUCCGCAGUAUAGACACUGAACCAGCACUUUCCAACAAGGUUGAUUUUUCUAGCAUCCCACGUAAUGGACCUGAGAUACUAUCAAAACUAAAAACAGAUGGGCACUAACAAUGCAUGCAGUUGAGUAUCACCUGAGAGGUGUUACAGAGACAACAUGCCUGGCUACGUGGAGGUCCUAACGCAUCACAUUUCAAAAGUACGACUACAAUACGCAACAAUCAGUUGUAAAGUAAAGCGUGACUCACUAGCAAGACAAAGCAAGCUGGGUGAAACAUAGCAUGCCAUCAGAAGGCCAAAACUAAAAAUACAGGACAACCAUUAACAUAUGUGCAAAACAAUAGAUGUCGUUAUAGCAUUAACAUAAUAUAAAAUAUAAUCCUAUGAACAUAACAGCAACAUAAGGAUAUUCAAAAGUGCAGAAAUUCACAUGUGCAGCCAUAAACAUGCAACUACAGGCAAGACACAUUUCAAAAGGGGUGUCUCUUGUAAACAACAUAUUGUUGGAUUCUAACUUCUAAUCCAGUCUGCUCUCCACAUCUAUUUUAUGGAAUUCUUAUUGGGCAGAAACCUCCUGAAGUUCUUGCCAGGGGGGAGACCGUCGGGGCAAAUGCAGAGCUUACAGAGUAUCAGAAAAAUUGUUAUGGAAAAUGAACGUUAGGAAUGUGGAAAGGCUUUCCACAGGACUGUUCUUAUUCAACAUGUGAGAAUUCAUACUGGUGAGAAACCUUCUCUUUGUCAGGAAUGUGGAAUGGCCUUCUGCCAGAAGAACGUCUGACUAGACAUCACAUUUAUCAUACCGGUGAGUAACCUUCAGUCUGUCAGGAAUGUGGAAUGGCCUUCUGCCAGAAAGGAUGUCUGACUAGACAUCACAUUUGUCAUACCGGUGAGAAACCUUCAGUCUGUCAGGAAUGCGGAAUGGCCUUCUGCCAGAAAGGACGUCUGACUAGACAUCACAUUUGUCAUACUGGUGAGAAACCUUCAGUCUGUCAGGAAUGCGGAAUGGCCUUCUGCCAGAAAGGACGUCUGACUAGACAUCACAUUUGUCAUACUGGUGAGAAACCUUCAGUCUGCCAGGAAUGUGGAAUGGCCUUCUGCCAGAAAGGACGUCUGACUAGACAUCACAUUUGUCAUACUGGUGAGAAACCUUCAGUCUGUCAGGAAUGUGGAAUGGCCUUCUGCCAGAAAGGACGUCUGACUAGACAUCACAUUUGCCAUACUGGUGAGAAACCUUCAGUCUGUCAGGAAUGUGGAAUGGCCUUCUGCCAGAAAGGACGUCUGAUUAGACAUCACAUUUGCCAUACUGGUGAGAAACCUUCAGUCUGCCAGGAAUGUGGAAUGGCCUUCUGCCAGAAAGGACGUCUGACCAGACAUCACAUUUGUCAUACUGGUGAGAAACCUUCAGUCUGUCAGGAAUGUGGAAUGGCCUUCUGCCAGAAAGGACGUCUGACCAGACAUCACAUUUGUCAUACUGGUGAGAAACCUUCAGUCUGUCAGGAAUGUGGAAUGGCCUUCUGCCAGAAAGGACGUCUGACUAGACAUCACAUUUGUCAUACUGGUGAGUAACCUUCAGUCUGUCAGGAAUGUGGAAUGGCCUUCUGCCAGAAAGGACGUCUGACCAGACAUCACAUUUGUCAUACGGGUGAGAAACCUUCAGUCUGUCAGGAAUGUGGAAUGGCCUUCUGCCAGUCAGGACACCUAAUUCAACAUCAGAAAUAUCAUAUUAGAGAGAAACUUUAUGAAUGUCAUGAGUGUUGAAAGGCAAAACCACAGGAAGGUAACGCUUAUUCAACAUCAGAGAAUUCUUACUGGAAAUAAAUCUUUUAAAUGCUAUGAAUGUGGGCAAACCUCUCCCUAGAGGUCAACUGUUACUCAACAUUGGAGAAUUCAUACUGGUGAAAAUCCUUAUCAGUGUCAAAAAUGUGGGAUGGCCUUCCACCAGAGUGGACACUUAACAUCACCUAAGUCAUACUGGAGAGAAACCUUAUAAAUAUCCAGAAAGUGGGAAAGCCUUCCCCUGGCACUCAACUCUUGUUCAACAUCAGAAAAUUCAUACUAGUGAGAAGCAUUGUGAAUGUACUGACUGUGAAAAGGCCUUCUCUGAGAGGUCAUAGUUGAAUCGUCAUAUGAGAAUCCAUAUGGGAGAGAAACCUUUUGCAUGCCCUCAAUGUGGAAAGGCCCUCUACUUCAAGACUGCACUUAUGCAUCAUGAGAGAAUUCAUACUGGAGAGAAAACUUAUAAAGGCCAUAAAUGUGGGAAGGCCUUACCCUGGAAGACAGAUCUUAUUCAACAUGUGAAAAUUCAUUCUGGAGAGAAACCAUAUGUAUGUCUGAAUGUGGGAAGGCCUUCCACACGAAAUGAGCAUGAGAAAAUUCAUACUGGAGAGAAACUUUAUGGAAGAUGUUACUCAACACAUGAGAACUCAUACCUGAAACCGUGUGAAUGUCUUGAAUGUGGGAAGGCCUUCAGCCAGAGUGGGUCCUUGACUUGACAUCAAACAAUUCAUAGUGGAUAGAAACUUUAUGAAUAUAAUGAAUGUGGAAAGUUCUUCAACCAGAGCAUACGAUGUCCUGGACAUUAGACAAUCUAUUCUACAGAAAAGCUUUGUGCAUUUGAUCUUCAAAGUUAGAAAGUACCUCAGGGACCUUCAUACAUGAAAAAGGUUUUUCUCUACCACACACCUGACAAAUGAUCACCGAGGCUGUGCUGUAAAGCAACCAAUGAGAGGAAAAUCCACUACUAGCCAUUCCACUUUGGGGUAGUUCUAGGGAUUUCAUCAGGCAUUAAUUUGUCUCUUUCCAAGUUGUGCUCAUUCCUCUCUCGUUUUGUCUGCUGCUGCCAAACAGAGCAUCUUUAAUUCUGCCCCAUCACAUCUCUUUAAGUAGUCAUCAAUAAACAUUUAUUAAGCACCUGCUGUGUGCCAGGAACUGUGCUAAGUGCAGGGGAUACAAAAAAAGGCAAAAAAUGGUCCUUGCUGUCAAAGAGCUUACAAUUUAACAAAAGAGACAGCAAGCAAGCAAAUAUGUAGAAACAAAUUAUGUAUAGGAUAGAUAGGAAAUCGGAAGGAAGGCAUUAGAUUUAAGAGGGGUUGGGAAGGGCUUCUUGUAAAAGGUGGGGUUUUAAUU